CGCACGGUGGUAUCUCCCGGAUAGUUUCAUAAUCUUAUUCCUAUAAGAGUCAUCGAAGAAAAUUAACGUUAACUUUUUUGUAAACUUUAUUUUCAAAUGGAGACAGUAAUGACGCGGUGUGUGUUUUAUAGUUUAUGAAUUAUGUCAGGCACGUGCCGUUUAUGGUUUUUUUUUACAAUCAAAUUAUAAUAUUAGUAUUGUUUAGAGUGUGGGGUUGUUAGUCCAAUUGAGUUAUCAUUGACACCUCGUCGCUCCGUCUGUGUGGUCGUGUUUAAUUGUUCGAUAAAAAUAUUUAUUAAAAAUCAUAAAAUGAAUUAUAUCUAAGUUUGUGUUAUAGUGAAAUCAAAUAUUAAUUUGCAACUUUGAAAGGACUUAUUUUAAUUAUCAAGAUGUUUUUAAGAUUCGAGCCAACGAAGUCUACAAAAGGCGCGAGUAAGAUGCGUCGAGAUCUCAUCAACGCUGAGAUCUCUAACUUGCGGGACCUGCUGCCGCUUCCGCCGUCAACACGGCAGCGUCUCUCGCAGCUGCAGCUCAUGGCUCUCGUCUGCGUCUACGUCAGGAAGAUGAACUACUUCCAACAAGUGUUCAAAAGUCACGACUUUACCUAUCAGUAUCAAGAACAACCGACUCCUACACCUAAUAUCGGAUUUUCAAAGGCAAUGAACGGUUUUAUGAUGAUGAUGACACAGAACGGAAAAUUGUUGUACAUAUCGGAAAAUGCCGCUGAAUAUUUGGGACACUCGAUGGAAGAUUUAUUGAUACACGGUGAUAGUGUUUACGAUAUAAUUGACAGACAGGAUCAUCAAACAGUACAAGUUGAAUUAAACAGAGGGAGCAAUGGGGAGACUGAAGACGUACCAAAGAGUAGACAUUUCUUCUGUAGAAUGAACGUAUCGAGAAAUGCAAGACGACAAAUGAGAUUUGGCGACCAAAAAGUAGUUCUCGUCCGAGGUCACUACGUGUCAUACCUGCCUCUCUGCAGUCGCAAUGAGCCAGUCUUCCUAGCUAUAUGCACGCCUCUAGCAAUGCCUGAGACCAGAGAGUGCGUCGUCAACGGAGCGACCAAUGUCUUCACAACAGUCCACUCUAUGGAUAUGAAAAUACUUCAUAUAGACGCUAAUGGUGAAUGGUAUUUGGGUUGGAAGAAAGCGGAACUAGUCGACAUAUCUUGGUACCAAAUCCUACAUUGGGACAGUUUACGGGACGCGCAAACGAAACAUAGAUUAAUAACGCAAUCGGAGCAAGAUAAAUGCUGUAUUCUGUUGGUAAAGUUGCAACAAAGAAGUGGUCAGUUCGUAUGGGUGCACGUGGUACUGCAAGUUAAAGACGCGGCGGACACGCCACGGCAAUUCAUUGUAGCUACUAAUCAGAUCUUAAGUGAAGAAGAAGCGGCAAUAAUGCUAGCUAAUUCCUGGUUAUACCAAUAUUAUGGAUAUCAGAACCAACCCUGUGGUAUGCUAGACCCACGCUGUCAGAAGUUCUUCAGACGAGACCAAUGCUAUCAAGACCCGUACCAAGAGCCGUAUCCAUAUAUCGAGAACGCGGAAAUGGAUUUCAAUGGAUAUCACAUCUCGUCGUAUGUUACCCAUAAACCUGAUGAGUAUGGAUGCGAAAGGAUAUACACGGAUAGAGGUCCUGUGGAUUAUUCAACCCAUUCGCCGCAGUCUACUAUUAGUGAAGAAAGAUCGCCACAUCACUACGAAGCGGCCCCGGAGAUGAUCGUGAACAGUAACAUGUACACCUACCCUCAUCAGGGUAAGAGGGAGUACUACGAACAAUAUCAAAGAGUCAACUACACCCAGGAACUCUGUCCCGCAGGAACAUUAGAGAGUAUGGAAUAUCCAGCUGCUAAACGAAUGCGUCUCGCUACAAUGCAGUUAGAAGCUACAGAUGGAAUGGAUCGAUGGAACCCGAGCCCACCUUGGUCGGAUACUACUUUAAAACUAACAGAUUACGGACAAAGAUUCACAUAUAAUAUGCUACCGAUGCCACCGGAGAGAGCAAUGGUCACUUAAUUAAAAGCUUCCGUCUUCUAGCACAUUGCCAAUAAAGCGAACUUAGAGAAGCGUAACAUCAAACGCAAAAAUGGAACAAAAUUUAGUUUAAUCAGGUUCAGUUUUGUGCUAAAUCUAUCUACUAAUUUGUUCGCUAAAAUAAACAAAAAUGUCCGGUUUAGAUAAAAAUCUAUGGUUUUCAAGGCAGUGUGUUUGGUUCUUUAGUUUCUUUUUCCAGUGUGUUCCUUUUAAAUCUAUCAUUCGGUGGUUGAAAAUAAUUUGUA